AUGACGCCUGACUGCCGCUUCUAUGUGUUCUUGCUUAUUGGUACCAAGGGAAGACACUUUAGACACCAAGUACUACAUGUAUUCUGUUUGCUUAACACUAAGCUCAUCCAUGACUCUUUGGAAGAUCACGUGUCUGGAGCUGGGGUCAGGUGCCCCCUGGGCUACUUUCCGUGUGGCAAUAUCACAAAGUGUUUGCCCCAACAACUUCACUGUAACGGUGAGGAUGACUGCGGGAACCGGGCCGAUGAAGACAACUGUGAAGACAACAAUGGAUGGUCUCUGCAGUUUGACAAACAUUAUACAAAGGACAAAUACAAUAAACUGAAAUCUCUGUAUGCAUUUCAGACAAAGACAUCUGAGUGCUUGGCUGCUGCUGUGCCAGCAGAGUGUAUCUGCCGGGGGCUGGAGAUCUUCUGCGACGCUGUCAAGUUGCGUGCUGUCCCGUCCGUCUCUUCAAACAUAACCAUAAUGUCUCUUCAGAGGAAUCUGCUAAGGAAACUUUCUGCUGAUAUUUUCAAGAAAUACCAAGACCUUAAAAAUCUGUAUCUUCAGAAUAAUAAAAUCAGAGCUGUGUCUGAACGUGCUUUCAAAGGUUUAUACAACCUGACAAAACUAUACCUGAGUAACAACAAGUUAACCAGUUUGAAGCCUGGUGUCUUUGAAGAUCUCCACAAACUUGAAUGGCUGAUAAUUGAAAAUAAUAGGAUAAAUCGGAUCUCUCCAUUAACAUUUUAUGGACUCAAAUCACUUAUUCUUCUAGAGAUGAUGAAUAAUUCUCUUGCUCGUUUGCCUGAUAAACCUCUGUGCCAAUACAUGCCAAGACUAAACUGGCUAGACCUCGAAGGCAACCAUAUUCAUCAUGUAAGAAAUGCCACUUUCCUCUCCUGCAACACUCUAACCGUGCUGGUGAUGAGACGAAAUAAAAUCAGCUCUUUAAAUGAAAACAGCUUUUCUUCUCUCCAGAUGUUAGAUGAAUUAGAUUUGGCUAGCAACAAGAUUGAAUCACUUCCUCCAUACAUAUUUAAGGAUCUAAAGGAGCUUUCACAACUGAACCUUUCUUACAACCCAAUCAAGAAAAUACAAAUAGACCAGUUUGAUUUUCUAAUUAAACUCAAAUCUCUCAGCUUGGAGGGCAUAAAAAUUGCAAACAUCCAGAGAAGAAUGUUCAGACCCCUGAGAAACCUUUCCCACAUAUAUUUUAAGAAAUUCCAGUACUGUGGAUAUGCCCCUCACGUGCGCAGCUGUAAGCCCAAUACAGAUGGGAUUUCAUCCCUUGAGAAUCUUUUAGCUAGCAUCAUACAGAGAGUGUUUGUCUGGGUUGUAUCUGCCAUCACCUGCUUUGGAAACAUUUUUGUUAUCUGCAUGAGGCCUUACAUCAGAUCAGAGAAUAAGCUCCAUGCCAUCUCAAUAAUGUCUCUCUGCUGUGCUGACUGUCUGAUGGGAAUAUAUUUAUUUGUGAUUGGAGCUUUUGAUCUUAAAUAUCGCGGAGAAUACAACAAGCACGCUCAGUUGUGGAUGGACAGUACUCAUUGUCAGCUGGUGGGAUCGCUGGCUAUUCUGUCUACAGAGGUGUCGGUCUUACUGUUGACUUACCUGACUUUGGAAAAAUACAUCUGCAUAGUUUAUCCUUUUAGGUGUUUGAAGCCCAGAAAAUGCAGGACAAUUUCCAUUUUGGUUCUUAUCUGGAUAAUUGGGUUUGCAGUUGCUUUUAUCCCGCUGAGCAAUAAGGAAUUUUUCAGGAACUACUACGGCACCAACGGCGUCUGUUUUCCUCUUCACUCAGAACAAUCAGAAAGUUCAGCAAGUCAGAUUUAUUCUGUUGUCAUUUUUUUAGGUGUAAACUUGGCAGCUUUCAUCAUCAUUGUGUUUUCCUACGGGAGUAUGUUCUACAGCGUUCACCAAACAGCUAUUACAGCUACAGAAAUUCGGAAUCAUAUUAAAAAAGAGAUGAUCCUUGCUAAACGUUUUUUCUUCAUUGUGUUUACUGAUGCACUAUGUUGGAUACCCAUUUUUAUUUUGAAACUCCUUUCUUUGCUUCAAGUAGAAAUACCAGGUACCAUAACUUCUUGGGUGGUGAUUUUUAUACUGCCAAUAAAUAGUGCUUUGAAUCCUCUUCUCUACACUUUGACUACACGCCCUUUCAAAGAAAUGAUUCACCAGGUUUGGUAUAAUUACAGACAAAGAAGAUCCAAAAGAGGUAAAGGCAGUCAGAAAACAUACGGUCCGUCGUUCAUUUGGGUAGAGAUGUGGCCAAUGCAUGAAAUCACGCCAAAGCUAACGAAGCCCGUGCUUUGUACAGACUCCUCUGACGCUUCGGUGACUACGCAGUCCACACGACUAAAUUCAUACACGUAA